CUGCUUUUCAGUUUUCAUGGCUGUUGAGAGCGUUUCAUUUCUCUACCUCUUCUUUCAUUCGUAUAGUGUGGUACUUUAUCCUACAUGCCCACCCGCACCAUCCAUCCUAUGACGAAUACUUGAACGAACGGGCGGACAGACUGCGUGCACAGCUCCAUCCAUCCAUCAAAGCAAGACGUACAAAUCUUGUGGAUGUGUGAGAAGUUGUGACACUUGUUGAGAUUUCGUCAGCUGAUAGGGAAUCUUAAGAAGAUGGCUUCGCAUACGAAUUGAAGACGCGCACAUUUGCUGACUGUGUUUUCCUCCAGGUACAAAUAUCUGCCCUCGUUCCGAAACCCUGCUGGCAUCUUAUGAUGAACACUAUUCACACUGUUUGAACCGAGCAAUCGCUUGGGCAUGAACGUAUUACACUGAAAAUUCUGAUUUAAUGAGCCUGAUACAGAUGCCUUUUUCUUCUGCACAUGUUAUAUCGUCUAGGUCUGGAAGCAUGUUCACUGACGGCUAUUUCCUAGGUGAGCCGUUAUCUACCGCUGGUCCUGUGGCGAAAGUAUACUCGCCUUUGAUCGCUUCAUUCAAUCGACGGAUUUGUGUUAUUCGAUAUUUGGCAGGCUCAAGCCAUAUGGUCAGGGUGUUGGCUUGUCUGCAGCAGGUAUAGAUGGGUUUAGAUGCAGUUUACGAUCUGGGCAGGAGUCAUCAAGUUUCCGCAUCGGAUCUCGCACAUAAUGACAAUUGUGAAUCAAAUCAA